CUACGAGCUCCACCGCCCCUUCCCCCCGCCAGGAACCACCCUCUUCCGCUUCUUGUUCAUAUAAACCUAACUGCACGAAUUGCGUCUCGUCCCCAAAAUGGCAACCAUAGCGUCCGUACGGGCCAAUUGCCGCAAGGUUAUGUGUAUAGGCCGGAACUACGCCGACCAUAUAAAAGAAUUGAAUAGCGCGCGUCCAAAACAACCGUUCUUCUUCCUCAAGCCCCCAAGCGCCAUACUCCUCCCCGGCGCGGGGCCAGUGCUGCGGCCGCGGGGCGUCACGAUGCAUUACGAGGUGGAACUAGGGCUAGUCAUGGGCAAAACGGUGCGGGAUCUGGACCCGGAGGAUACGAAGGGGGCGUUGGAUUCGAUUGAAGCAUACCUCCUCGCAAUCGACAUGACCGCCCGCAACGUGCAAGACGAAGCCAAGCGCAAAGGCCUCCCCUGGAGCAUCGCCAAAGGCUUCGACACCUUCAUGCCCGUCAGCAACCUGAUUUCCAAGUCACGCAUCCCAGACCCGCACAAUGUGCAUCUCUGGCUUAGCGUCAAUAAUCAAGUGCGCCAGGCCGAUAGCACCGAGCUUAUGCUCUUCCGCAUUCCGAGGCAGCUGAGCGAUAUUAGUAAGGUGAUGACGCUGGAGAAGGGCGAUAUUGUACUUACGGGGACACCGAAGGGGGUGGGAAGUGUGAGCGCAGGGGAUGUAAUGAGGGCUGGGUUGAAGAUUGGGGGGAGGGAAAUUCAUGAGGCCGAUAUCGAGGUCGAGGUCGUGGAGAGGGAGGGGCCUUAUGAGUUCAAGGAAACAUGAGAAUCAGAGGAAAGGGGCCUUCGUGUUGACGGUUGAUGAUAAUCGGGAAUAUUGCCCGUAUAGGGGCAGCCUGGGUGUAAAUAGAUCGCGAUCUAGAUACCAGCCAUUGCGGCAAAGGUCUCCAUGUCGACCUCUUGUGGUAUCUCUCUCCUUUUACGCUUCCGAGGUGGCUCUGCUAUUGGCUCUGCUGUUGGCUCUGCCGCGAAGAGGUUCUCCCACGUGAAUGGGCCUGAGACGAUGGCGAUCUUUGGUUCGAUCGCGGGACGCUGUUCUGGAGGCUUGAUGGCAAUCAACUUCUCUUUGACGGACUUGGCCUUGCCCUUCAUCUGGCUGCUCUUCGCCUGACUGCUCUUCUUCUGGCGUGUGUCCUGGU